AUGAAUCGGGUGUUCAGCGUCGACUACAACGAGCUCGUAGGCAAGUAUCCAGACGAGCUUGGCCGGUACUGGCACGGCGGUGUGUACGAGUAUUCCUAUGGUGGACAGUGUGCUUUGACCAAGGUGCUGCUGAAGGAGUACUUCGACUUGAGUGUAGCAAUCCUUGAUGGCCAUCUCGUACCGAGCGUGCCGUCCAGGGUGGUGUACCUGAGGAUUGUGAAGAGGAUACUGGAUGAGUCGCUGACGCUGAAGCGCCAUGUCCAUGGUUUGGACGUUGGUACCGGCGCGUACGCGAUAUACGCCAUCUUGGCCAAUAGGCUGUUCGGGUGGCAAAUGACGGGGAUAGACGUUGAUCCGCAGAGCAUCCGCCAUGCUCAGGGGAUCGUGGAAGCGAACAAACUGAGCGGUGUCGAGGUUGCUGAAGGGGAUGGUGUUGUUGGCUCAGAGUACGAUUUCAUGGUUUGCAACCCCCCGUUCUACGACAAAUCAGGUGUGUCAGUGCAAAAGGGAGGGUUGAGGAGGGACUCAGUUGUGGGAACCACAGCUGAGCUCGUUUACGAAGACGGUGGUGAGGUAGGAUUCGUCAAGAGGCUGAUCGACCAAAGCGUUCAACGCCAGGCAGUGUGGUUCAGCUCUCUUAUCGGUUUAAAAUCGUCUGUAAGCCAUCUGAUACACCACCUAUUGACGAAAAACACAGACAACUUCAACGUUCAGGAGUACCAUCUUGGAAAGACCAAAAGAUGGAUUCUGUUUUGGUCAUUUGGCCAUUUCAGACCGCAAAUCGUACACUCCGUGUUCAACAACGUUAAGACAACGGUCUUUGAGGGCAGUUUCGACUUGGAGAGAGUACAGGCUCUUUUGACAGACUCCCAUAUCGAAGAACUCACAAGCUAA